CGUAAUCGUCGCAUUGAUACUCUGGACGAAUCCCAAACCCAGCGCGUCAAUAAUCUCACCAAGAAGAUUCCGACUCUCGAGCUGGUUCCCAGCGGGCGAAGGCGCCGCCUGAACGCAGAGCGCAGCCGAGACGAGACCCAAGAUCGUAGACGAGAACUUCAUUCUUGACCGAGAGGGAGGUUUACCACGAGUGAUUCCUGGGCAUGACAGUUGCCUUCCCGCUCUGCCUUUAAAGGAUGAGCGAGACCAUCAAAGAACUGGAAGCAACUGAGCCCCACGCGACCGAGAAUCAUCUGACCUGGGGUUGACAUUGGAAAAGCAGGUGAAAACGUCAGCGGGCACAGAAGAGGCCGCCGACCUGGGAACCUUGCCACAUGGAAUAACCAACUGUCCAAGACAUCUGCAGCAGAUGAACAGCCAUGCAGAGGGUCUUCAAAAGUGACAAUUUCACUCAAGUUUCCCGCCUAGGUCUCUAAGCAGUCUCAUGAAGAUUUGAUAGGCCGUCGAAAGUCCAUGAAUUUUGAGACCGACGAUCUGUGGCGUUCUGUGGCCGUGGCAUUGCGGAAAAUCACGUCUUGAAGUUCAACUGUUGCCGAAGAAGAGUGCAUGACCGUAUAAAGACCAAAUUCCCACGCCCAUCUCCACGUAUCUCCCAUCAUCUCUUCCCCACAUCUUCGCUUUUGAGUGUCCGCGGCAUGAGUCGGUGGACAGACGAUGACUCGGACCGGCUUCCAGACGGUAUGCAGCGCACUGGAUACGAUGCGGACACUCAGCGGUACUACUUCCGGGAUACUGACGGCUCGGUAUGGCAGAGCCCCGAAGGCUCAGAGUAUGGUCCACUCACCAGGGUGUCAGACGGGGACAACGCGUACCCACCUCACGACGUCGACCACGAUCUCGAGUCGGAGACGAGGGGUCCGAGGCGGGCGGACGGCUACCAGUCGCUCGCUACCGGCGCCAACGGCGAGCACGCGUUCGCCAGUAGCACCGCAUUCCCCUACCGCACCCUCUUCCCGUUCUUCCUCAUCAUCGGCGUCGUGCUGCUCCUCGUGUGGCGCCUCAUCCUCUCUCCGGGGCUGGAACCCCCCUUGAGCCCGUGCGUGCAAUACGGCAGGGCCGCAACGCCAUACCUCGUCGAGCCGGGCGAUACGUGCUGGCAGAUCGCCAAGACGCACUCGUGCUCGCUGGAGGAUCUGCGGAAAAUCAACACGGAUGUCGAGUGCGAGCACCUCAUGCCGGGGACGACCCUUUGUGUGCCUGUUGCGCACGAGCCCGGACAGAGGCGGCGAGGUCGGAGGUGACAGGGAGGAAGAAACACUGGGCCACCGGCUGCACUCUCUUUUUUCUCUAGCGGACGGACGGACAUUAUCACCCACGGAUUCUUGAAUAUCGCAGCUACUUUUGACCUGUUAAUCAUCGAUGCUCUCGGAGUGCAAGCAUUACUGUCCGGCGAAUUCUGAGCCGUCGGCCUCCAGGAAUCACACCUUCACCGGUGAGGGACUGUUAAGUAUAGAUGUGCAUUCCUGCAAUGUUUCAAAGAGUCUAAGGGAUGAAGAUACGAAUAGUAGC